CUCGAUCAGGAGGGCGAACGAUGAAUCAUCUGUUAUUUGUUUUGGUGUUUUGGUAUAUCUAAGCUUUCGUACCUGCGCCCUUGUCUCGGCAGGGUAUGCUGAGUCAGAGUGCUUUAACGGGUCGGAGCUGAGAAGAAAUAUUGCCAAGCAAGAAUAUGCUUAACUCAACUAAUUCCCUCAAUGCUUUGUUCGGUCAUGCUCUAUGUAAUAGCUUCUUGCAUAUCGUUUCUUUGCGAAGAGCUAUUUGUUCAAGAUGGAACCGCUUAAGUUGAACGUUAUUGUGGUUGGAGCUGGCAUUGCAGGGUUAUCAGCCGCCACUGUCAUGAGCCGUGCUGGUCACAAUGUAACUGUCUUCGAGAAAUCUCAACUCAAGCAAGAAGCGGGGUUUAUAAUUAUCAUGGGGUGGAAUGCAACACGAGUUCUCGAGUCCUUCGACUUUGACUUCAGCAAGGCUCGGAGCGUUGACAGCGAGUUCAUUGAGACCUUCGACGGCGCGACACUUGAGAAGAAAGCGAGCUUGACGACGAAAAUCAAUGAUGUAGAGGGAUCGCAAACAAGGACUUUCUAUCGACCUGACAUACAUACGGAGCUGAAGCAUUUGGCUCUGAACAACCCGGGAGGCGCACCUGCAACGCUGCUACUGGGCGAAGUAGUUUCAGUCGAUGUCGAACUCGGCGUAGUCUACCUAGCAGAUGGAUCGUCUCACUCGUGCAAUUUAAUCGUCGGAGCAGACGGCGAGCGAUCAGUCGUGAAAGCAGCUUUUGAAGAAGCGGACACACUUCGCAAGGCCAGAUACAGAAUAUUCCGCUGUCUUGUCCCCACUGAACGUUUGCUAGACGAACCAGGACGGGAGAUGCUGUCGAUGACGAAGAAUACCUUUUCGACUUUCACAAAGGAUAAUAAAACGCUGUUCUGGUUUGAGGGAAGAGACGGUCUGCUACAGGAUCUAGAGGGAGGAUAUGUACCUGAUAAAGACAACAAAUUUCCAGGUAAUAAGCUGCGUUCAAUUUUACGAGAUCAAGAGGGAGACUUAAAAGGGCAGAACUCGGUCCUGACAAGGCUAAAACGAAGAUGCUCAGCAUCUUCAAAGAUUAUCAUCCCAACAUUGUCUCGUCCCUACAGUAACUUUCCAUUCUUCCAUAUCCUCAUAGAAUUCAACUAACGCUGAACAGGAAAGCCAGCAGUAUCUCCGAAUUGACACUCUCUUACUUCCCAACACCUCAUCCGCAUCUCAUAUGUCAUCGCGCCCUCCUCAUAGGAGAUGCCGCCCACUCAAUGUUUCCCACUACCGGGCAAGGUGGCUCUCAAACGAUCGAAGAUGUUGGCGCACUUUCCGUAUUUUUCAAAGACAUCUUUAAGCUCUCAACUUUGGAUGAGAGAAUGCGGUUGUAUGAGAAGGUGAGGAAGGAAAGGGCUGCCACUGUCAUGAGCAUGAGCGGGAUUGUGUUUGGACGGGAAGCGGAGUUUGCGGAGAGAAGGGGAAGGAAUCAUCCGAUAUGGGAGACGGGUAUUAGGAGUGGAGAAGAGCAUGUGAAGUUCUUGUAUGAGUAAGUUCCGAACGUAUCUUAUCGUUUGUGUGUGUGCAGCUGAGGCUGACCUGUGUAGUUAUGAUGUUAUGGAGGAGAGUCGGAAAGCUCUUGAAGAGGAGACGAGAGCGAGGGCUCGCUUGUGAGAGACUUAUUUCGGUGUCAUUGCUGAUAUGGAGACGCUGUGCUUGGAAUAUCAAGAAUCUCAGUAGCCCAUAUUUAGUUAUUAGAUGGCAUUGGCUCAAAGGUACAAUAGAUUUUCCACAACCUUGUUCACGUAGUGUGCGUCACCCUUGCUCCAUUCUGGAUACUAUCAGAGUCCUGCGAUUAAAACUGGGCAUUAUAGUGUUCAACUCAGCUGCUAAUACAUUUGCAUGGGGCAACCAUUUUCAGCAUAGUCUGAUCACUGGUUAAUGACAGUCCACCAUGUCUUGCGGAUACCGAGUUGAAGAUGUCAUGAAGAUGCAAAAACAGCAUUGAGCCCCACUUUCUCGAGGUCCUGAGCGUGUAGCCAGAGUUCUGUAUUAGGAUUUUCUCUAGAAUUGCGAUGUGUUUUAAUGGAAAGGGAAAUUUCAAAGAAUGAGAAGGAAACCAAUGUUUACCACGUGACGAGCUGACACUAC